AUGGCGUCGAUACCGGCUGUCAGAUCCGAGAAGGAUAUAAUAGAUGAAGCGGCCGAGAAGCUUCUAGAGGGAAACGACGUUGUAGUUUUACCAGGGACACAGAACGAUGACAGAGGGUUGAUUUCUGUGAAAUCAUCGAAGAAAGUCAAGCUACCAGAAGAUGAGAGCGGCACGGUCGGUGGUAGAUUCACCAUCGGUCCGGCGCCGGAAAGGGACUGGGAGAUGGUGCCACCGGACGGUCGAUGGGGAUGGUGCGUUCUCGUAGGAGCAACGUUAGUCAACAUCCUAAUACCCGGUACAAUCAAAUCGUUUGGAGUUCUCUUGGUCGAGUUCAACGAUGUCUUCCACUCGAGCGCCUCGGCGUCUUCUGGGAUCGUUGCUCUGUGUUACUUUCUUUACAGUAGUUUGGGUCCGAUAUCUUCAAUUCUCUCAGUCAAGUGGUCGUAUCGGACGGUGACGUUGAUAGGCGGUUGUUUCGCGGCCUUCGGAAUGAUAUUCAGUAGCUGGGCGUUUUCCAUAGGUUACUUGUACUUUAGUUUCGGUGCGAUGGUAGGCGCUGGCGCCGGAUUAGCGUUCCCGCCAACGGUAUACAUAGUGACAUCAUACUUUGUCCGGUUAAGAGGAUUGGCGAACGGGAUCUGUAUGUCUGGUUCCGCGUUUGGAAGUAUCAUAUUACCGCCCGUUUUGAGAUAUUUACUGGAGACAUAUGGAUACAAGGGCGCUGUUCUGAUCCUCGGUGGAAUAAUGCUUAAUGUGUGGGCCGCUGCGCUGUUAUUCCAACCCGUUGAGGAACACAUGGUCAAGAAGUAUAAAGAUGUGGAGGAAGAUGAAGACGGUCCUCAGGAUAUUUUGUUCGAAGAAGAGGAACCGAUAGAGACGUACGAUAUGACGACAAUAUCGGAAAAACCGAACGGAAUACCGGAUGGACUGAGCAAUGAGAAUUCGAAUCGAAAUUUAUCACAAGCCCAAAUAUAUAACAGCCAAAAUUGUAUGAACUCGACGCAGAACUUACGACAUAAUGUUUCUAAGCGUAAGCUAUCCUAUACGAGACCAAUUACUAAGAACAAUCUCAGUUCAGUGUCAAUUGGGCUCGAUGGUUUACCAGAUGGGAGAAGACUAGGAUCACAGGAGACAUUUGGAAGACGUCUGAGUCAAGUCAAGCGAAAUGUAUCAACAUCCAGCUUUGCAUAUGUUUCAACCCAUUUUCACGGUUCGACCCUAUCCGCAUUUGAAAGGCCGAACGAAUUCGCGUCUCAAUUUUCAUUGAAAUCGAUCACAGAAAGCGUAGCAGAUGUAGCGUAUUGCUGUUUCUGUUGCAAGCAGAAGGAGAAGAAGGAGAAGAAUAAAUUUUUCGACAUAACUCUUCUUGCUGAUCCGACGUAUUUGGUCAUUUUGAUAUCGAGCAGUACGGUUGCUAUAUCGUGUACCAAUUUUAUCAUUCUGUUACCCUCGCACGCGCAGAAUAUCGGCUUCGAUAAAGCGAGAGGCGCAUAUUUACUAAGUACCGUCUCAGCUCUCGACCUGGUAGGACGUAUUGGGGGAUCAGCGCUCUGCGAUUUAAAUUUCAUGCCGAAGCCGUAUUUCUUCGUCGGGGGUUUGUUAUUUUCUGGAAUAAGUUUAGUUAUUAUUCCAUUUUUAGAAUCGUAUAUGGCGAUUAGCGUUAUGUGUUCGUUUUUUGGUUUGGCUUCCGGUGUCAAUAAUAGUGUCACGACACUGGUAAUGGCGGAGAUUCUAGGUGUCGAUCGAUUGAUGUCGACAUACGGUAUAAGUUUGUUCGUGAACGGCUGUCUACAACUAGUCGGGCCACCUGUGUGCGGUCUUUGGUACGAACACGACAAAAAUUUUACAAAAAUGUUUAUUACCUUUGGUAUUAUAUUUAUUUUUGGCGCAUCACUUUGGCUCCUGAUGCCAAUCAUAAAUAGACAACCAUUUGCAGAAGAAGAUCCAAAUGAACUAGAGGAAACGCUACGCGAAACACAUCCAAGGGUCAUCCUUACUCCCGAAGAGAAUAGUUUUAUGGAAAAGUACCACAACGGCUCUCCGCCCAUCUUUAAACGAUCCAACGCCACCUUGGACGAAAGAUUCUCGCCGAGCAGAGAUUUUAUUAGAUCGGCUAGCGCGGCGCAAGUUUCCCACGUCGAAAGAACUAGAAAAAUCUCCGCCUCAGGUCCAUCAAAGCAUGGCCUCCAACACAUUUCCAGCAAGAUCUCCAAUCACCUGCCCAGCAAUCCGUCUUUGCUCGAAUCCGUUCCGGAAGGGAAGUCCAGUCGUGUCAAUUCUACGGAUGCGUUUGGAAGGAAACUCGUGGUACCAAAAACUCCUAAACGUAGCCCUUCAACGUCCAGCUUUCAGUACAUGUCGACACCCUUCCACGGUUCCACGUUGUCUGCCUUUGAGAAACCCAGCGAAUUUGCUUCUCAAUUUAGUCUAAAAUCUAUAACGGACAGCUUGGCGCCCUUAACUUAUUGCUGCUGCUGUAAAAGGGAGGAUACCAAAAAAGAACCUAGCAAAUAUUUCGACAUUCAACUGUUAAAAGAUCCAAUUUAUCUUGUCAUAUUAAUAUCAAACUGUACGUGUGCCAUAUCGUAUACAAAUUUUAUAAUACUAGUGCCGUCCUAUGCCCAAGAAUUAGGUUUCGAUAAGUCUCUAGGGGCGUAUUUGUUAUCGAUAAUUUCAGCGUUAGAUUUGGUCGGUAGGAUUGGUGGGUCAGCACUAUCCGAUGUAGUAGCGACACCCAAGAGAUAUUUUUUUAUAACCGGCUUACUUUUAUCCGGGAUAAGUCUAUCUAUGAUACCGUUAGUGUCGUCGUACUCAGCGAUCAGUGGUUUUUGUUGUGUUUUCGGUAUAGCAUCCGGUAUUAACGUGGGUGUCACAGCACUAGUUAUGACGGAAAUGCUAGGGACGGAACGCUUGAUGUCCUCAUAUGGCAUAAGUCUAUUUGUGAAUGGUAUCUUGCAAUUAAUCGGGCCCCCGAUAUGUGGUGCCUGGUUCGAAUAUACUAAAUCGUAUAAAUCAUUAUUUGUUACUCUUGGUUUUAUUUUAAUGUUCGGCGCGAGUUUGUGGGGUUUUGUACCGUUUAUAUAUAGGAGAAGAAAACGCGAAGAAAAGUCAAAGGAUAAAAAUAAAGCGUAAAAUUAAAUUAUUUCCUUGUUA